AUGGACUUUUUUACAGCAACAGAGUUGCAUUCAAACUUUCAAAGAUCACAAUUGCAUCUUCAUAGGAACUCCAGAUACAUUAAACUAAGCAAUGGAUUACGCGUACUCUUAAUCUCGGACUCGCACUCACCAAUUACUGCGGCUUCAAUAUGUAUUGGUGUGGGAAAAUUUACAGACCCGGAAAAGUUUCCUGAAUUAGCGCAUUUUUGCAACCAAAUGAUCUUUUUGGGAAAACACAAUAAUAAUGUUGACUUUGAUUUCGAUUGUGCUUUCGAUUUUGAUUUUGAUUAUGAUGUUGAUACUGAUGUUAAGAAUGAAAACGCAAAGGUAAAUCUAAAUCUAAAUGUGACUGAAAGUGUUUUGAAAACACAUCACUCAAGCGUUAUUGCUUCAUCCACAUCCUCGUCACAUGACUUUUGUGCUAGACUAAGGAAAAUGGGUGGCAAGUUCCAUUUAAACACGUUGGGUGAUCAAUCAACUUUCCAAUUUGAAGUUCCAUUAAACAAUGCAUCUUUUAUCAGUAAAGAUGACGGUGAAUCAGAUUUGACCAAUUUAUUCAAGACAUUCAGCUCCGGUUUCAAACAAAGUCAGUUACAAUUUAAUGAAAAAUGGAUUAACCUGGAAUUGAGCUCGAUUGAAAAUAAACAUCACGAAAGUGGUGAAAUCACCCACAAUGGUAUUUGUGCGAGUCGUGACAAAUUACUCUUUUAUGGAAUGAGGUUAUUGGCCAAUGAACAACAUCCAUUUCGUAAAAUCGCAACAGAAACGACAACAGAAAAGAAAAUGGAAACAUUGAAGAAUAAAAAAUUAAAACAGGAAAUGAUGAAUCACUAUGAAAAACAUUUCGUUGCGGAAAAAAUGGUCUUGGUAUUGAAAAGUUCAUUGUCCUUAAACCAAUUACAGAAAUUAGCAAUAGCUCAUUUCGGCGAUAUACCCAGCGAAAGUGAAUACGGGAAAAGCAAGAGAAAAGGAAACAGGAGACAUAGCAGAAGCAGUACCAACAGCAGCAGCAGCAGUGGUAGUAGUAGUGGUAGUAGUAAAAACGGUAACAGUAGAUUAGGGGUGGGUUAUAAACUUGGACGAUCACCAAACAUGGAAACCAAGAGCAGCUGUAGCAGUAGCCCCAUUUCCACCUUUCUGAAUGAAUUCAAUUCCAAUGGCGAGAUGGAGGUCUAUCCAUUAGGCUACAAUAACCAAGUCCUUUGGAUCAAACAAUACCCAAAACAACAGCAAAAGUCAAAUUUGCUGCCACAAGAACAAGAGAAAGGACAACAACAACAACAACUGCUGCCGCUGCCGUUGCCGCCGCCGCUGCUGCUGCUACGCCGCCGCCACCACCACCACGACUACCAGAACCAGAACCAGUAUGAGAAACAGGCAAGAUUAGUUUUUCCUAUUUACCAACUCAAUGAAACAUUCUUCGAAAAAGUUUGGUGCUCAGUUCUAGGUGAUCAAUCACCAGCUUCAUUAUCGUAUUAUCUCCAACAUGAACUAAAAGUAAUAAAUUCAUUGCACGUCCAUAUGUCAAAGUUUACCCGCGAAAACCAAGCACUACUAAUUGAUUUAGAGUACAAGAGUAGUUGUGAUUUAAACGUGAUAAUAUGCGCAAUCUGGAAUUUAAUUGAACAGUUACUGAAUGCACAUCCUAAACUAGUCCAUGCAAUGCUCCUAGAGUAUUCGAGAAUCUUUAAAUUCCAAGCAUGUUUUGCUGCUCCUGGCACUUGCUUGCUAUCGUCUGGCGACGAAGUGUCACGGUAUGCAAAACAGAUUCAGUAUGGUAUUGAUCCGAAGGACAUAUUUAUUGGUGAAGAAUGCGCAAAGCAAAACAUAGAUGCAACUACGUUCAUCAACAGGACUAAAGAAAUUUUCAUUCAACAAGUGCCCAACCUAAUCAUUAUAGAUGAUGAAUGCUCCCACAUGAUUGCUCUACCAUCUGACGAUACAAGAUUCAUUCAAGGCCCCAUCUACAAUUUUGAGUAUGCAUUAAUGAGCUUAAAAUAUACAAUUGAUGAGACAGUAUUCCCCAUAUACCGGUUCUUAGUACCUAACAAAUAUAUCAAACAUACUAGAGAGGAAUUAGAUCUACUUCUUGAAGAUUCUGCAAACUAUACGCAACUAUACCCUCCUGAUAUUGUAGAAGAUUCAUCACCGCAAAUGAUUGAUCAUUCCAUCUCGUAUGAAGUAUGGCAUUCUAAGCUCAAAUCAUCGGAUCGGAGAAUUACCGUAUCCUUUCUGAUUGAACUAUCAGAGCGGCCUAACCUAAUUCAAACCAUUAUUUCCACCGAAUUAAUUGCUCAAUACCUUGGUGAACAAUUGAAAAUAGAGUUCCAUCAUGCAGAAUUGGCAUUAUUAUCAUGGGGCAUAUAUGCAAAUUUUGUUAAUAGACCUUCAUUGGCAUUUGAAGUUCACGGUCCCGAUAUGAUUGGGUUUGAAAGCUUUUUAUAUGAUUUCAUCAAAAGAACAAAAGAAUUGUUGAGUACAUUUGAGCCAGAGUAUAAAGAGUUUGUACGUUUGAAAACGGACGCGAGAGCAUACUUUGCGUCCACAGGAUAUUGGCUCAAUGCCAAUAAAGCCAAUAAUAAAGAAGACGUUGAUGAUAUCGAUGAUGUCAAUAAUGAUGAUGUUUUUGUCGAUAAACAAAUUAUUGUUGAAUCAACCAAAUAUUUGGAGCACAGUGUCAUUAGCGUGGAUGAGAUAUUUGAUCAGUUGGAAUUAUUGAAUAAGCAAGAUAUCAAGGUUGUGAGUAAUGAGUACGUUUAUGGCAUUAAGCGCACUUUCAUCCUAGUCUCUGGUAGCUUUGGUGGUAGUGGCGUUAGUGGUAAUUUUGGUUGUAGUGGCGGUAACGGUCUUGGACUUGGAGCAACGAAAUCAACGUUAACAGUGCAUACCAUAUGCGAUAUAAUCAAUAUUUUGACGUCACACAAACGAGUAUACAUGGAACAUCUUGCUUUUGAGCAACCCCAAAGCAUUCUUUUAGAACCAGGCACUAACGACGUUGUGAAGAUUGGAAAUUCAGUGCUUUCUCACAACAACUCAGAUGUGGUGUAUUAUUAUUUGCAAAUGUGUCAGCGGAGAAACAAGUACACUUUGGCAGUGGUUGAGUUCUUGGCGUAUUUGUUGAACCGUGAAGCUAAAGCGUAUUUCCAUAGAAUUAGAAAGAAGCAACAAAAGCAGCAAAUAAGAGGAUACCGCGUAUCAAGCGGGAUAAGGACCAAUAAGCAAACUGUCGGAAUAUACAUAUAUGUUAAAAAUGAUCAUAGAAAAUGUGCUGGCAUCCAGAAAUACCACUAUUGUGGGUCUAGUCAUUCACAAAUAAAAGUAGAGAUUGAAAAUAUGUUGAACGAUUGGGAGAAACGACUUAUGGCAAUAAGUUCAGACGAGUUACGUUAUCAGAUCGACCAGUAUAAUAAAUUCCGACUGAAUAUAAAUGGCAAAGUAGAAAGAGAAGUGGGAGAAAAUAACAACCAUUCAAUCCUAUCCAAUGCACUAGUUUCUACAAGACCAAAUUUUUCCAGUGCAAACAUUGUUAUGCACAAAUUACAUCAAACCAAUUGGGAAAACAUCCUCACCAAGAAUUACGAUGACUUUGAAUCACUGAGGAGACAUCAUAUGGAAUAUUUAACUGAUUGGGAUGUUGAAAGUAUCCAUAGCUUUUUCAAAAAGCACGUUUCAGUUAGAUCAACAUGGCGCAGUGUAUUAAUUGUUAGUUUGGUAUUCAAUAACGACAUCUGUAACAACAACAACAACAACAGCAACAACAACAACAACAACAACAAUAAUAAUAAUGAUAGUAAUGAGGCUCGUGAUAUUGACGGGAACACCACGAAAAGAGUUGGAGAUUUGAAAAAGCAAGGUCUAUUGGAAGGCAGGAGCUUGUCUCUAAAGGGUAUGUUACGUGGUUUACAUUUGUAUUGA